AUGGUUCAUGAAUUUAAAAAAAUUGUAAACAUAAUUAAUAAGUUUAUUUCUAUUAAAGGAAUUUACGAACUUGAAUCUAAGACCUUUCUUUCCUUAAGAAAAUUAGUUGCUCGCUGGAAAAAGCUCACUCCACAAAAUAGUUUUAUGAUUUUUCAAGUAGAUUUUACUACAUGGAUUUCUUCGGAUCAAGAAAAUAGUGAUAUGGAAAAAACUAACAAUAUUACUAGUGCACUAUGGCAAGGUACGCUUACUGAGUUCAAAUUAUCGAAAACCAUUAGUGUUUAUGAAAUAGAAACUAUUUAUAAUAAAGUGGCAGAAAUUGCAAAAAAGGUUCAUAAAAAUUUACACAAAUAUUGUUCAAAGAGAUUAAAUACAUCUCAAAAUAUAAAAUAUAAUAAUUGUCUAUCUUGUAAUUUACCUUAUAAUAAUUAUGUAACUUAUGUACUGGUACCUAAUUAUUCUUAUAUAAUGGUACCACAGUUACCACAG